AUGAACAAGCCGGCCUCCAUUUUUACGGAUAUGGCGGUGAAGGGGUUAGAGGAUCUCGACGACAGUGAUGUCUUUCCCGUCUUCUCAGGCGAGGUUGUGAACGCGGGGGCACUGGGCAACGGCGCGAAAAGCGGCACAGCGGAGGUUGUAGGUGUCAAGGAGCACUAUGCGAUGAACUUUGGAGACGAGCAAGGUGACGAGCCGACUCCCGAGACGUAUGACCCGAGAGACAAGUUCUGGGCGCUGUCGCUGGAGAAUGUCUUCAGCCUCGUACAGUUGGAGUAUCCACUCUCUGGUAUCGAUGCCACCGACGCGCCACGCCGUGCCAAGGACCUCGGUGACAACAUCAUCCCGAUCAAGGGUGGCCCGAGCUGGAUCAUUAUCUUGGCAAGCCAGUUCAAAAAUGCCAUCACGAUUGUGCUGCUCAUCGUUAUUAUCAUUAGUGGUGUGUUUAAGGACUGGGCUGAGUUCGGUGUCGUUCUCUUCAUCCUCUUCUUCAACGCCUUGCUUGGCUUCUACCAAGAGUACGGCGCCGAGAAGUCCCUGGCAAGCCUCAAGCAAAUGACGGCCGGCGUGGCCAAGGUGAUGCGCAACGGUGUUCCUGAGAUCAUCUUUAUUGACGAGGUCGUUGUCGGUGACGUCAUCGUGCUCGAGCAGGGCGCCUCCGUGCCGGCUGACUGCCGUAUCUUCGAAUCGAACGGUCUGGAGGUGGAUGAGGCCCUGUUGACGGGUGAGGCGCUACCGGUGGUAAAGCACGCGAACGUCAUUCGUGACCCAGACAACCGCCUCGCUUUGGGUGACCGCAAGAAUAUGGUGUACCGCAACACACAGGUAACACAGGGCCGCGGCAAGGCGGUGGUCGUCGCCGGCGGGCUAAACACAGAGAUGGGCAAGCUCGCGAAGCGGCUGGACGAUGGCAAGGGCAGUGGCAAGACGGCGCUGAUGCGAAAGUUGGACUACAUGAUGUACUUCCUGUUUUUCUGCUGUGGCAUUGCCGCCCUGGUGGUGUUUGCGGCCAACAAGAUGCGCUACACACCGGCGACCCUCUCGUACGCCACGGCGGUCGCCAUUGCCAUCCUCCCCGAGUCGCUCUGCGCCGUCAUCACGGUCGCCAUGACCUUCUCUGUAAAGCGCAUGGCGCAGCAGAAGUGCAUUGUGCGCAAGCUGCCGGUGCUGGAGGUGCUGGGCAACGUCACGGACAUCUGCUCCGACAAGACCGGCACGCUGACAGAGAAUAAGAUGGUGGUCAAGAAGGCGGUGAUCGGGCUCGACGACGUGUACAGCGUUGGUGGUGCGCCGUACGAAAUCCACGGCGACUUCUUCCCUGCCAUGCGGAACGGCCAGGAGCAGAAGCCUGUGAGCAUGGCGCAGAUGCAGGAGGUGCGCUACAUCUACGAGUUUCUCAAGUGCGCCGCCCUGUGCAGCACCACAAUCCUGCACAUCUCUGAGGAGGAUAUGGACUCCCUCACCGGCAACGGUAAUCCCACCGAGAUUGCAAUCCAGGUGAUGACCUGGAAGGCUGGCCUGAACCGCGACAAGCUGGAGGAGGAGGGCUUGGAGUGCAUCACGGAGUACGCCUUCGACUCUAAGAUCAAGCGCAUGUCCACCGCGUGGGAGAACAAGGAGAAAUGUGAGGUCUACCUCUGUACCAAGGGAGCCCCCGAGCGGGUCGUUGAGCUAUGCACGUACAGGAUCGACGAGGACGGCAAGCUUGUCGGCUUGACACAGCAGGAUCGUGAGCGGGUCGACCAGCACAUCUGCGACUUGGCCGCGCAGGGUCUUCGCACGAUCUGCUUUGCAUACCGCGAGGACGCCACAAAGGCCUUCCCGAUCCCGACUGACGAGCCGUUCAUCGAUGCUUACGACCGUGACCAGGUCGAGCGCGACCUCGUUUUCCUGGGCAUUGUCGGCAUCUACGACCCACCUCGCCCCGAGUCCCGUCCCUCCGUCAUCGCUUGCCAGCACGCCGGCAUCCGCGUGCGCAUGCUCACCGGUGACCACACGUCCACCGCCGGCAGCAUCGCCUCGAUGCUGAACAUCAUUCGUCGCCGAGACCUCGACGACCCGGUGAAGCUGCAGGCGGGGCCUGACUUCGACAAAAUUGACCCUGACGUGAUCGACGGCUGGGCUGACCUCCCCGUUGUCAUCGGCCGCUGCUCUCCCGAAUCGAAGGUGAAGAUGAUCGAGUCACUGCACCGCCGCAAGAAGGUGGUGGCCAUGACGGGUGACGGCUUCAACGACUCCCCCAGUAUCAAGAUUGCCGAUAUUGGCUGCGCCAUGGGCUCUGGCGUCGAUGUGACGAAGGGCGUUGCAGACCUCGUCAUCACUGACGACAACUUCUCCACCAUCGUGAAGGCUGUCGCUGAGGGACGCCGCAUCUCGCAGUGUAUCCGCAAGUUUGUUGUGCAUUUGCUGUCGAGUAACGUAGCUGAGGUAAUUGCGCUGAUCUGCGGUCUGCCCAUCAGCCACGGCGGCGAGUCCGUAUUUAUCCUCUCCCCCAUCGAGAUUCUCUGGCUGAACAUGUUUACCUCCGCCCCACCGGCGACGGGUCUGUCGCUCGAUAAAGCCACAGAUGACAUUCUCCAGGUGCCUCCAAACACGGAGGGGUUCUUCACGAUUGAGCUGAUUACCGACACACUCGUGUACGGCUUCUGGCUCGGCGCCAUGACGCUAUGUGGCUUCGCGGUGGUGCUCUACGGCUUCAAGAGUGGCCCGAUGGGGACAGACUGCAACAGACACAGCGGCAUUGGCUGCGAAAACAUUUGGACUGCCCGCAGCACCGCCUUUGGCAUUCUGUACUUUGGUCUGCUGAUUCACUCCUACACGGUGCGCCACCCGCGCGUCUCUAUCUUCAGAAUGCGCUGGCUUGACAACAAGUGGAUCUACGGUUCCUGCCUCAUGGGCACGGCGCUGUUCAUACCGAUCGUGUACGUCAACGCGAUCGCCCAUAAGCUCUUUGUGCAUGCCAUGAUCACAUGGGAGUGGGGCGUCAUCGUGGUCGGCGUCAUUAUCUUCGUCGCCAUUUGCGAACUUUACAAGGUGAUCAAGAACCUGAUCUUUCCAAUUAACAAGGUGCUGGUGGAGGUGGACGAAGAGGAUGUCGAGGACGUGGAAGAGCAGCGCCAACGCGAGUACAACACCUUCACUCGCACGAUGCCCGACAGCCGUAGCGUAGAGAGGAUCGCGAACGAGAACCUGCGCAUGUCGUUUGCCUCUCUCGCCGGCAGCGUGGCCACCGCCAGCACUGGCUCCUUCCGCAUACCCACACAGCGCCAGAAGAAGCAGCGUGCUUUUCUCUUCCGCAAGCGCGAAUAA